GCAUGUGUGGCGGGCAUGUCCAUGCUUUACUCGUCUUUGUGUACAGGUCCUGCAAUUGACGUACAACCGAGCGAUGUGAAUGCGGAAGCGGGUGGAACUGCCACACUCACCGUGGAAGCCUCUGGUGAAGGAUUGAGCUACCAGUGGUUUGGUCCUGGCGGGAACGCUCUCACUGACGUCGACGGAGACAUCGAAGGAUCCAAUUCAUCCACCCUGCAAAUUAUCAAUGCUGAGUCUGGCGAUGCUGGAGAUUACACAGUCGUUGUGACCAACAGUGCGGGAUCAGUCGUCUCUGAUGCUGCAACUCUGUCUAUUGCUCAACCUACCCAAGGUCCCACACUUGCUCCUCUGAUCCUGAACUGCAGUGCCGAGUUCCUCGCUGAGUCUCAGCAAGUGAGUGUGAGCUGCACGUCAAGUAGGGACCUCGACGGCUUGGACUUUGAGUGCAGCUUCAAUGAUUCAUCAGUAACAGAAGGAUGUGAGUUUUGGUGUGGACAAUUCCCGUUCUUUGUGUCUGUCGCUGGAGCUUCAGGAAGCCAGACCAUUGUUAUCAGUGCAACCGAUCCAGCGGAUGGAGCUGGUUUCACGUCAACCAUUACAAUCACAACCACAGCCCCUGAAAUUGAGACCCAACCAGAGAGUGUGGGUGUCGAGCAAGGCGGAAGUGCCUCAUUCACCGUGGAGGCCUCUGGUGCAGGACUGACCUACCAGUGGUUUGGUCCUGGCGGAGUGGCUCUGACUGACAGUGACGGAGAGAUUGAGGGGUCCACUUCAGGAACGUUGACAGUUUUCAACGCUGAGCCUGGCGAUGCGGGAGACUACACGGUCGUUGUGACCAACAGUGCGGGAUCAGUCACCUCUGAUGCUGCAACCCUGUCUAUCGGCGAAGCCCCCGUGAUUGGGACCCAACCAGAGAAUGUGGACGUUGAGCGGGGUGGGAAUGCCACGCUCAGUGUGGUGGCAACCGGAGAGGGACUGAGCUACCAGUGGUUUGGUCCUGAUGGAGAGAUCGAAGGAGCCACCGCAUCCACUUUACGGAUUACCAAUGCUGGACCAGAUGACGCUGGCGACUAUAGAGUGCGAAUUACAACUGUCAAUGGAGGAAUUGUCGAUUCUGACACUGUCUCACUUUCCGUCGGUCCUGCAAUUGACGUACAACCGAGCGAUGUGAAUGCGGAAGCGGGUGGAACUGCCACACUCACCGUGGAAGCCUCUGGUGAAGGAUUGAGCUACCAGUGGUUUGGUCCUGGCGGGAACGCUCUCACUGACGUCGACGGAGACAUCGAAGGAUCCAAUUCAUCCACCCUGCAAAUUAUCAAUGCUGAGUCUGGCGAUGCUGGAGAUUACACAGUCGUUGUGACCAACAGUGCGGGAUCAGUCGUCUCUGAUGCUGCAACUCUGUCUAUUGCUCAACCUACCCAAGGUCCCACACUUGCUCCUCUGAUCCUGAACUGCAGUGCCGAGUUCCUCGCUGAGUCUCAGCAAGUGAGUGUGAGCUGCACGUCAAGUAGGGACCUCGACGGCUUGGACUUUGAGUGCAGCUUCAAUGAUUCAUCAGUAACAGAAGGAUGUGGACAAUUCCCGUUCUUUGUGUCUGUCGCUGGAGCUUCAGGAAGCCAGACCAUUGUUAUCAGUGCAACCGAUCCAGCGGAUGGAGCUGGUUUCACGUCAACCAUUACAAUCACAACCACAGCCCCUGAAAUUGAGACCCAACCAGAGAGUGUGGGUGUCGAGCAAGGCGGAAGUGCCUCAUUCACCGUGGAGGCCUCUGGUGCAGGACUGACCUACCAGUGGUUUGGUCCUGGCGGAGUGGCUCUGACUGACAGUGACGGAGAGAUUGAGGGGUCCACUUCAGGAACGUUGACAGUUUUCAACGCUGAGCCUGGCGAUGCGGGAGACUACACGGUCGUUGUGACCAACAGUGCGGGAUCAGUCACCUCUGAUGCUGCAACCCUGUCUAUCGGCGAAGCCCCCGUGAUUGGGACCCAACCAGAGAAUGUGGACGUUGAGCGGGGUGGGAAUGCCACGCUCAGUGUGGUGGCAACCGGAGAGGGACUGAGCUACCAGUGGUUUGGUCCUGAUGGAGAGAUCGAAGGAGCCACCGCAUCCACUUUACGGAUUACCAAUGCUGGACCAGAUGACGCUGGCGACUAUAGAGUGCGAAUUACAACUGUCAAUGGAGGAAUUGUCGAUUCUGACACUGUCUCACUUUCCGUCGGUCCUGCAAUUGACGUACAACCGAGCGAUGUGAAUGCGGAAGCGGGUGGAACUGCCACACUCACCGUGGAAGCCUCUGGUGAAGGAUUGAGCUACCAGUGGUUUGGUCCUGGCGGGAACGCUCUCACUGACGUCGACGGAGACAUCGAAGGAUCCAAUUCAUCCACCCUGCAAAUUAUCAAUGCUGAGUCUGGCGAUGCUGGAGAUUACACAGUCGUUGUGACCAACAGUGCGGGAUCAGUCGUCUCUGAUGCUGCAACUCUGUCUAUUGCUCAACCUACCCAAGGUCCCACACUUGCUCCUCUGAUCCUGAACUGCAGUGCCGAGUUCCUCGCUGAGUCUCAGCAAGUGAGUGUGAGCUGCACGUCAAGUAGGGACCUCGACGGCUUGGACUUUGAGUGCAGCUUCAAUGAUUCGUCAGUAACAGAAGGAUGUGGACAAUUCCCGUUCUUUGUGUCUGUCGCUGGAGCUUCAGGAAGCCAGACCAUUGUCAUCAGUGCAACCGAUCCAGCGGAUGGAGCUGGUUUCACGUCAACCAUUACAAUCACAACCGCAGCCCCUGAAAUUGAGACCCAACCAGAGAGUGUGGGUGUCGAGCAAGGCGGAAGUGCCUCAUUCACCGUGGAGGCCUCUGGUGCAGGACUGACCUACCAGUGGUUUGGUCCUGGCGGAGUGGCUCUGACUGACAGUGACAGAGAGAUUGAGGGGUCCACUUCAGGAACGUUGACAGUUUUCAACACUGAGCCUGGCGAUGCGGGAGACUACACGGUCGUUGUGACCAACAGUGCGGGAUCAGUCACCUCUGAUGCUGCAACCCUGUCUAUCGGCGAAGCCCCCGUGAUUGGGACCCAACCAGAGAAUGUGGACGUUGAGCGGGGUGGGAAUGCCACGCUCAGUGUGGUGGCAACCGGAGAGGGACUGAGCUACCAGUGGUUUGGUCCUGAUGGAGAGAUCGAAGGAGCCACCGCAUCCACUUUACGGAUUACCAAUGCUGGACCAGAUGACGCUGGCGACUAUAGAGUGCGAAUUACAACUGUCAAUGGAGGAAUUGUCGAUUCUGACACUGUCUCACUUUCCGUCGGUCCUGCAAUUGACGUACAACCGAGCGAUGUGAAUGCGGAAGCGGGUGGAACUGCCACACUCACCGUGGAAGCCUCUGGUGAAGGAUUGAGCUACCAGUGGUUUGGUCCUGGCGGGAACGCUCUCACUGACGUCGACGGAGACAUCGAAGGAUCCAAUUCAUCCACCCUGCAAAUCAUCAAUGUUGAGUCUGGCGAUGCUGGAGACUACACAGUCGUUGUGACCAACAGUGCGGGAUCAGUCAUCUCUGAUGCUGCAACCCUGUCUAUCGCUCAACCUACCCAAGGUCCCACACUUGCUCCUCUGAUCCUGAACUGCAGUGCCGAGUUCCUCGCUGAGUCUCAGCAAGUGAGUGUGAGCUGCACGUCAAGUAGGGACCUCGACGGCUUGGACUUUGAGUGCAGCUUCAAUGAUUCAUCAGUAACAGAAGGAUGUGGACAAUUCCCGUUCUUUGUGUCUGUCGCUGGAGCUUCAGGAAGCCAGACCAUUGUCAUCAGUGCAACCGAUCCAGCGGAUGGAGCUGGUUUCACGUCAACCAUUACAAUCACAACCACAGCCCCUGAAAUUGAGACCCAACCAGAGAGUGUGGGUGUCGAGCAAGGCGGAAGUGCCUCAUUCACCGUGGAGGCCUCUGGUGCAGGACUGACCUACCAGUGGUUUGGUCCUGGCGGAGUGGCUCUGACUGACAGUGACGGAGAGAUUGAGGGGUCCACUUCAGGAACGUUGACAGUUUUCAACGCUGAGCCUGGCGAUGCGGGAGACUACACGGUCGUUGUGACCAACAGUGCGGGAUCAGUCACCUCUGAUGCUGCAACCCUGUCUAUCGGCGAAGCCCCCGUGAUUGGGACCCAACCAGAGAAUGUGGACGUUGAGCGGGGUGGGAAUGCCACGCUCAGUGUGGUGGCAACCGGAGAGGGACUGAGCUACCAGUGGUUUGGUCCUGAUGGAGAGAUCGAAGGAGCCACCGCAUCCACUUUACGGAUUACCAAUGCUGGACCAGAUGACGCUGGCGACUAUAGAGUGCGAAUUACAACUGUCAAUGGAGGAAUUGUCGAUUCUGACACUGUCUCACUUUCUGUCGGUCCUGCAAUUGACGUACAACCGAGCGAUGUGAAUGCGGAAGCGGGUGGAACUGCCACACUCACCGUGGAAGCCUCUGGUGAAGGAUUGAGCUACCAGUGGUUUGGUCCUGGCGGGAACGCUCUCACUGACGUCGACGGAGACAUCGAAGGAUCCAAUUCAUCCACCCUGCAAAUUAUCAAUGCUGAGUCUGGCGAUGCUGGAGAUUACACAGUCGUUGUGACCAACAGUGCGGGAUCAGUCGUCUCUGAUGCUGCAACUCUGUCUAUUGCUCAACCUACCCAAGGUCCCACACUUGCUCCUCUGAUCCUGAACUGCAGUGCCGAGUUCCUCGCUGAGUCUCAGCAAGUGAGUGUGAGCUGCACGUCAAGUAGGGACCUCGACGGCUUGGACUUUGAGUGCAGCUUCAAUGAUUCAUCAGUAACAGAAGGAUGUGAGUUUUGGUGUCUCUGCUGCAUGCCUUAA